CUAGAUCUAAGUCUUAAAAAGCGUCUGGAGGAUAACCUACGGACUAACGUUUUUGCUGUUCGCUUACAUAUGUUAUUCGAGUUAUCUGAUACACUAACAAAAAAUGCAAACAAAUGUUUUCUUUAUAUAAAUAAUUGUCUUCUCUUUAUCAGCCCUGGGCUACUUGAAGAAAGCAAAAAGAGGACAAGAAAGUGAAGAGAUAGAUAAAAUGUCUCACAACAACAACACGGUUAUCCCAAUGAUGGUCUCCCUUGAUCAGAGUACAGGUCAGUCAAUGCAAGAACCCGACAGAUUUCAUGUUGAAGGAAAUAAUAGUAAUGCAAAGUUAGAGGACCAGAUGAGAAUACAUUGUGGAGAUAUAUCUUAUAAAGGGAUAAGAACAUGUAAUGUAUUAAAGACACACUCAAGAAUACAAAUCGGACAUGUUGAAGAUAAACCUUACAAAUGUGAUGUCUGUGGUAAGGGGUUCGGUCACAACAAUGCUUAUCAUAUACAUGUGAGAUCACAUACGGGUGAUAAACCAUAUACAUGUGAUGUUUGUGGUAAAGAUUUUAGCCACAACAGUUCUUACCAAAGACACAUCAGAAUACAUUCUGGAGAAAUACUUUAUAAAUGUGAUGUAUGUGGUAAAGGAUUUAGACACUUCAGUUCCUUCCAAAGACAUAUUAGAAUACAUACCGGAGAAAGAUCUUAUCAAUGUGAUGUUUGUGGUAAAGGAUUAGGACAUUACAGCUCCUUUCAAAGACACAUCAGAAUACAUACGGGAGAAAUACCUUACAAAUGUGAUGUUUGUGGUAAAGGGUUUAGACACUUCAGUUCCUUUCAAAGACACAUCAGAAUACAUACGGGAGAAAAACCUUAUCAAUGUGAUGUUUGUGGUAAAGAGUUUAGUGACAACGGUACUUGUCUUAGACACAUGAGAACACAUACUGGUGAUAGGCCACAUAAGUGUGAAGUAUGUGGUAAAGAGUUUGGUCUGAACCAGCAAUUGCUCACUCACAUGAGAAUACAUACUGGUGAUAAACCUUAUAAAUGUGAUGUAUGUGGUAAAGCGUUUAGUGACAGCAGUGCAUAUCAAAGACACACAAGAACACAUACUGGCUAUAAACCUUAUAAAUGUGAUGUAUGUGGUAAAGCAUUUAGUGACAGCAGUGGCUAUCAAAGACACACAAGAACACAUACUGGUGAUAAACCUUAUAAAUGUGAUGUAUGUGGUAAAACGUUUAGUGACAACAGUACCUAUCAAAGACACACAAGAACACAUACUGGUGAUAAACCUUAUAAAUGUGAUGUAUGUGGAAAAUGGUUUAGUCAGAGUUCUAGUUUAAAGAAACACAUGAAAACACAUACUAGUGAAGACUCUAAUAUAUGUGAUCAAGGGUUGUGAAGUAGUGAUAAAUCUUUUGAAUAUGAUGCAUGUGCGUAAAGGUAUUGUAAGAAUCGAGACUUUCAGGAACACAUCUAACAACUAACUUUUGAAAUACCAAAUAAAUUUGUACUGUAUUAAAACUACGGUUAACACAAGUUUUAUUAUUGAACCAAUUUAGUAAAAGACGCAGGCAUGACAGACGUAAUUGUGCGGAAAUAGUUUUAAAGUUCAGUUGUUAUUGUAUAUCCAUCUAGCAGGGUUUAUCUUUUCUUGACCUUAUUUUGAUUGGUCAGAAUUAACGUUUUAUGAUGAUGUGAAGACAGGUAAUUGGCGUUUUCCAAAGAUAUAGAUAAAAAGUUGAAAAAUGGAG